CUACGCCAUUGCACCAUUCUGCCGCCGAUCCAACUUCGUCAUUCGUUUCCUCACACAAGGAAGCUCAUCGAUCACCAUCACACUCAUUUGCUAGCCAGAAACCAUGCAUAUCCCCGUCGCUCUCCGCGCCCUGGCCUCCGGAGCCCUCUUCACGCCCUGGGACAAGAGCCAGUGGAUCGCCUCCGACGACACGGUCCGCAACGGCGCGAGUCAUUCCACCCUCGACAUCAUCGAAGCCGGCGUCGCCGGCAACCCUUUCACCGAGUCAAUUGCAAACUUCCACGGCAACCUCGACUACGCUACGCUCGGCGGUGCGGGCUUCGCGUCCCAGCGGACCGUCGACGACUGGCCGAGCCUCGACAUCUCGGCGUACGAUACCAUCACCCUCGAGAUCCCGUUCACGGAUGGGAAGAAGUACACGUUCAACCUGAAGGACACGGUGCCGCCGCCCGUAAAUGGCGUGGAGCAGUCUGGGAUUAGCUGGGAGUUUGAUUUCCAGAUUCCGGCGGUGAAUCACACAGAUGGCGCGGUUGAGAAGGUGGUGAUGCCGUUGAGCAAAUUUGUGCCUACUUUCCGUGGAAGGGUUCAGAAUGAUACUGCGCCGCUCAACUUGACGAGCAUCAAGAGGGUCAAUUUCAUGAUUCGAAGCUUCUUUGCUGAGCAGGAUGGAGAUUUCGAGCUGCACUUCAAGUCCGCGAUUGCUUCAAAAGAGGGAAGCAAAUAGAUGAUCUACCACCAAUAUUCAAUACCCACACAAGCGAAUAUCAUUAAAUUCUGCCUAAGGCUCU